CUUGCUUAAAGAGAUGAUAUUCUCUUUCGGUCUUUCGCUCUUCUGGUUCCGUGGUGACUUCACCAGGCCUUUCCACUUCUCUCACGCCACUGCUCUUGUUCGCCUUUUAAAACCUUCCUGACCAUCCUACUAAACGAUUCUCUUUCACUCAAAUUUUACGCUUCCAGAUAAUACAACUCUGUGCCGCUCUAUUCAAAAUGGACGGCAAUCUGCCGCAGCAGGCGUGUCAUCCUGCGACCACCGCGGUUGAGAAAGAUGAUAUUGUCAUUCCAAUCAUUGACUUCGCUCCCUUUCUCAGCGGAACCCCCGCUGACAAGCAUGCCGUCGCCGUGUCCGUCGUAGAAGCAUUCAAAACAUCCGGCUUCCUUUAUCUCAAGGAGCACGGUAUCCCCCCUUCCGUCAUCUCCCGAGUAUUUGGCUCAUCUGCACGCUUCUUUGCGAGACCCCAAGAUCAGAAAGACAGCGUGUGCUGGACUACCCCACAGGCGAACCGUGGUUACGUGAAGACGGGACAAGAGAAGCUGAGCACCGUGGACGAUCCAUCGGCACCUGAAACUCUCCUAGCUACCUCAGAUCUCAAGGAAACCAUGGAGAUCGGUCGCGACAAUGUGGAUGAUCUUCCGAACCGCUGGCCGGACCAGAUCGACGAUGAAGGAAAGGAUUUCAGGGAAGUCAUGACAUCAUUCUUCAACAGAUGCAAAUCCCUCCACAUGGAAGUAAUGCGGGCCAUUGCCCUUGGGAUGAACUUACCGGAGCAUUAUUUCGAUUCUUACGUAGAUGAAGGGGACAAUAAUCUUCGCUUGCUUCACUAUCCAGCUGUGUCGAAGGAAGUUUUCAAAAAGAACCCGGCGCAGGUUCGUGCGGGUGAGCAUAGCGACUAUGGCUCUAUCACGCUUCUCUUCCAAGAUGGUCGCGGUGGACUCCAAGUGCGUAGUCCUAUAGGUAGCUUUGUCGAUGUGACUCCUAUCGCAGAUACAGUGGUUGUCAAUGCGGGUGACCUGCUGGCGCGAUGGUCGAAUGAUAUGAUCAAGAGUACACGCCAUCGGGUCGUGGAGCCACCAGCCCCUAUUGGCGAGACGAACGAGUCAGAUAUGUAUCCAGAUCGGUACAGCAUUGCAUAUUUUUGCAACCCUAACAACAACAAGCUCAUCGAAGCUAUCCCUGGAACCUACGGAGAUGAUAUCAAGAAAGCGAAAUACCCGGGUAUUGUUGCUGGGGAUUACCUAGUCCAGCGACUCACAGCCACUAUCUAAUACCGGAGUAUCCGUUGAAUUUCUGACAAAUUGGUUGGUUUGCUAUUUACUCCAGCGUUGGUUUAUCGAAGUUGCAGCCCUAUCAUUUCCUGUACACAACUGCUCUCACGUACCGGAUGCAUCGGAAAAUCGUGUCCGUUCAUGUAGUAAAUAAUUGAAAAUAGAUUCAUUCAGUCAUAAUGCCAAGUAUAUACAACUUAGUUUACC